AUGACUGAUGCUUCUUCUACAUCAGGUAAUACUGUAGAUACAGGCCUAAAACAGAAGAGGCGCCAUUUCCCACCGCUAGGGAAGGGAAUAUAUAUGGAUUUCAAGGAUAGAUUCCCUUAUUACUGGCAGGAUUGGAGAGAUGCGUGGGAUUACCGUGUAAUACCUUCAUUAGUGGAAACUUACUUCAAUAAUCUAUUGCCUGCCAUUGCAUUUGCCCAGGAUGCAUUCGAUAGAACAGACAAUCUUUACGGCGUCAACGAAAUUUUAUUGGCAAGUGCUCUCGGAGGCGUCGUUUUUGGAUUAUUUGCAGGACAACCUCUUUGUAUCGUUGGUGUGACAGGUCCAAUAACAAUUUUCAACUACACCGUAUAUUCUAUUAUCAAACCUCUCAAUGCGAAUUUCUUUGGUUUCAUGUUUUGGAUAUGCAUCUGGGCAAUGAUUUUCCAUUUGAUACUAGCUUUUACCAAUGCAGUUUCUCUUUUACAAUAUGUCACGACAUUUCCCUGUGACAUUUUUGGUCUUUUCAUUAGUGUCGUUUAUAUUCAGAAAGGAAUUCAGAUUCUAGGAAGACAAUAUAAAUAUGGAACCAUUGAGAGCGGUUUUGCAAGCGUCGUAGUGGCCCUCGUAAUGUUUAUAUUUGGUUUCAUGUUUAAACAGGCCACUAGGACACCUCUAUUUAACCAUAAGAUAAGAACAUUUAUUUCAGACUAUUCCACUGCAUUAUCUGUAUUAUUUUGGUCCGCAUUCAUUCAUUUUGGUGGAGAGCUGAAUAAUGUCAAGUUUGAAAAAUUGCCUAUUACCAAAGCUUUCAUUCCAACUGCUACGAGAGAACGUAGUAGGAGCACUUGGUUGGCUUAUGAGCCAAUAUCUACGAGGAAUGUCUUCAUAGCUCUGCCUUUUGGAAUCAUCGUAACGAUCCUUUUUUAUUUCGAUCACAAUGUAUCAUCUUUAAUGGCACAACGCUACCAGUACAAAUUGAAAAAGCCCUCAGCAUUCCACUGGGAUUAUGCAUUAUUAGGCAUCACAACAGGUAUCGCUGGUGUUCUGGGAAUCCCUGCUCCAAAUGGUUUGAUACCGCAAGCUCCAUUACAUACUAAGACUCUACUUGUCCAUGAUAGAGACAUGAAUGUGGUGAGAUGUGUGGAACAACGAUUUACAAAUACAGUGCAAGGUUUACUAAUGAUAGGAACAAUGACUAGGCCUUUAUUAGUUUGCCUUGGUCAAAUACCUCAAGCUGUUCUUUCAGGUUUAUUCUUCCUAAUGGGCUUCCAAGGUGUUCUCGAUAGUGUCAUAAUGCAAAGGAUAUUUUGGUUUUUCACUGAUCCAUUAAAAAAAGAUCCGGCUUCUCCCUUAUUGAAGGUCCGCAAAAGAGCCUUUAUAUUAUUCAUCUCUUUAGGUGUUAUAGGUGCUGCUGCAGAAAUAGCUAUUAGUGCUACUAUAGCAGCCAUUGCAUUCCCCAUUGUUUUAUUACUGACUGUGUUGGUAUGCUUUCUCUUUCCUCGUUUUUUCACCAAGGAAGAACUUGAAAUUCUUGAUCCAAAUGUGGCACAAAGUUUCACCAUUAAAAAUCUAUUGCUGGAAAAUCUCUGUAGUCCGCCUAAAGAAGACAUAGAGAAAGAAGGUGCAAAUGACGAUACUAGCUACACAACUGGCAUCGAUGACUCUCAAAAUUUAACAACGAUACCAACAGACACAAACGAAAACAUCAUAAUUACGGAUGAUGACGAGUUCACCUCACCUUUGACAAAAGACAAGUAG